AUGGCGUCCUCCAGAAGUGGUCUCUUGUGUGCAAUCAUGUUUUUAGCAAUUCAUGGAGGCUGGGCUCAGACUUCCGAUACAAUUAGUAGUGCCUGCAGUAAUGCCUUAUAUACACACUUUUGCGUUUCAUCAUUGUCCAAAGCUUCUGGGGCUUUGGAGGCAGAUUUAACCCAGCUUUCUGUUAUCGCAGUCCGUUUGUCUAGUGAAGUAGCGAAACCUGUUUCUAGGUUUAUAGAAAAGCUCAAAAAAAGAAAUCCCAAUGUCUCGGCUCUUGAAGACUGCUCAGAUCUAUUGAAGGAUACAAGGGAACAGCUUCAUGAUUCACAGUCAGAACUAAAGCAAUUGUCUAAUGUCAAUUUCAUGGAAUAUGUAGAAGAUGUGCUCACAAGGCUGAGUGGUGUGGAGACUAAUCAGGAUACAUGUUUGAGUGGGUUGAAAGAAAGCAAUGUUCCUGCAACCUUGGUUUCCAGUGUAAAAGAUAAUACAGAUAAUCUGACCAUGUUGAUUAGUGAUGCUCUAGCUGUUGUUAGCACUCUUCGGCAACAGGGACACAUUUGCCUACUUUAG